AUGCCUUGUGGUUUGUGGCUUUUUAAGAGGGGAAAAACUCACUCAAACAGCCUUGACGGUGCGCUGUGGGUUUGGUUAGAACCACACCUGGCUCAGAACCGAGGCCGGAAGAACCGAGGCCGGAAGAACCGAGGCCGGAAGAACCGAGGCCGGAAGAACCGAGGCCGGAAGAACCGAGGCCGGAAGAACCGAGGCCGGAAGAACCGAGGCCGGAAGAACCGAGGCCGGAAGAACCGAGGCCGGAAGAACCGAGGCCGGAAGAACCGAGGCCGGAAGAGCCGAGGCCGGAAGAGCCGAGCGAAGAGCCGAGGCCGGAAGAGCCGAGGCCGGAAGAGCCGAGGCCGGAAGAGCCGAGGCCGGAAGAGCCGAGGCCGGAAGAGCCGAGGCCGGAAGAGGCCGAAGAGCCGGCGAAGAGCCGAGGCCGGAAGAGCGAGGCGGCGAGCCGAGGCCGGAAGAGCCGAGGCCGGAAGAGCCGAGGCCGGAAGAGCCGAGGCCGGAAGAGCCGAGGCCGGAAGAGCCGAGGCCGGAAGAGCCGAGGCCGGAAGAGCCGAGGCCGGAAGAGCCGAGGCCGGAAGAGCCGAGGCCGGAAGAGCCGAGGCCGGAAGAGCCGAGCCGGAAGAGCCGAGGCCGGAAGAGCCGAGGCCGGAAGAGCGAGCCGGAAGAGCCGAGGCCGGAAGAGCCGAGGCCGGAAGAGCCGAGGCCGGAAGAGCCGAGGCCGGAAGAGCCGAGGCCGGAAGAGCCGAGGCCGGAAGAGCCGAGGCCGGAAGAGCCGAGGCGGACGAGGCCGAGGCCGGAAGAGCCGAGGCCGGAAGAGCCGAGGCCGGAAGAGCCGAGGCCGGAAGAGCCGAGGCCGGAAGAGCCGAGGCCGGAAGAGCCGAGGCCGGAAGAACCGAGGCCGGAAGAACCGAGGCCGGAAGAACCGAGGCCGGAAGAACCGAGGCCGGAAGAACCGAGGCCGGAAGAACCGAGGCCGGAAGAACCGAGGCCGGAAGAACCGAGGCCGGAAGAACCGAGGCCGGAAGACCCGAGGCCGGAAGAACCGAGGCCGGAAGAACCGAGGCCGGAAGAACCGAGGCCGGAAGACCCGAGGCCGGAAGAACCGAGGCCGGAAGAACCGAGGCCGGAAGAACCGAGGCCGGAAGAACCGAGGCCGGAAGAACCGAGACUGAGGCCUAA